AUGAAUGAAGAUGUGGAACACUCACGUGUUAAUGCUUGGAUCAACACUGCCAUUAGGCGCAAUGUUGUUGAAAUUGAUCUUUGGGCCAUGUAUUCAGGUUCAUCCCAGAUUCUUGAGUUGCCUAAAAGCCUUUUCAUGUGCAAAACAUUGGAGAGUCUGAAGCUGAGAUCACCAUUUAUUAGUAAUCUUCCUGCUUCAGGGUGUUUUCCAAGUCUCAAGUUUCUCUAUGUUGACUUUUUCCGUGAGGUUCAUGACACAAUGCUUCCAGUUUUCUCUAACUUGCCGAAACUUGAAGAUUUGACUAUACGUUGUCAUUCUCGAUGUGAUUCUUCUCAGAAAUUAAACAUUGCUGCCCCUGCACUCAAGAAGCUAAGAUUAAGUUUGUAUACAAAUGAUAAUGGUAUUAAUAGCUACAACUAUCUAAUUAAUUGCCCAAAGCUUGAAAAUCUUUAUGUCAAUGAGCGGGUUCCAUCGACCUAUUAUUGGGGCAAAGCAAAAUCCCUAGUCAGAGCUAGUAUUUAUCUACAUCAACAUUGCUCAAAUGAACAGCUAAGUUUCUACGAUGUGACUGCGCUUUUGGCAGGAGUAUCCAAUGUUAUAGAUUUAUGUCUUUCAGCUCAUUGUUUUGAGGUAGGGUGCCAGGUGGUUUCAGAAGACUCUGAGAGUGAAGAGGGCUCAGACCAUGAAGAGAGGUCAGAGAGUGAACAGGGAUCAUAUGAUGUAGAUGGGCCAGUGAAUGAACAAGGGUCAGAGCAUGAAGUAAACUCCAAGAGUGAAGAGGGAUCUUUGCAUAAAGGGGGGUUAGACCAUGAAGACGGGUUAGAUAGUGUGCAAGGGUCAGAGCAUCAAUGGAAUCCUCUAGAUUCUGUGCCUAGAUGUUGUUGGUUACACCUCAAGAUUGUCUCCAUGGAGAACUUCAGGGGAAACCGUGAGGAGUUGGAAGUGGCAAAGUACUUGCUGCAGUACGGUCAUGUCUUGAACAAGAUUACUAUAUCUUUGGAUGAUCUUGAUUGGGUUGAAAAAGUGAAGAUCUACGAGGAGAUUCAAUGGCUUCCGAGGGCUUCAAGAACUUGUAGAGUUGUACUAACCUCGAAGGGGGGUUUUGUGUAA